AUGUCUGGACGUGGUAAAGGAGGAAAAGUCAAGGGAAAGGCAAAGUCCCGUUCAUCUCGUGCUGGGCUCCAGUUCCCAGUAGGCCGUAUUCACCGUCUGCUCCGAAAGGGCAACUAUGCCGAGCGCGUCGGUGCUGGAGCACCCGUCUAUCUGGCUGCCGUAAUGGAAUACUUGGCAGCUGAAGUGUUGGAACUGGCAGGAAAUGCGGCCCGUGACAACAAGAAGACCCGAAUCAUCCCCCGUCAUCUACAAUUGGCCAUUCGCAAUGAUGAAGAAUUAAACAAACUCCUCUCCGGUGUCACCAUUGCUCAAGGAGGUGUUCUUCCCAACAUUCAAGCUGUUCUCUUGCCUAAGAAGACCGAGAAGAAGGCUUAGAGAUUUCCAGCUAUUGAGUUAAUAUCAAAAAAUCCGUCCUUAUCAGGACGACAAACAUCUAUUUAUGAAGAUUUAAAAGAUUUCGCUCACUGGUUCCUAAUUCAACUAUACAUAUUACAAGUAAUAGCGUACUGAUAAUUGCAAUGAAUCCAUUCUCACUCACUAAACAGAACGCCUGUUAGAAAGCUCCAUUUUGUCGUGAUUGUAUUGAACUUGUUU